GCGAUCACCCGGACCGGAAAAUGGAGUUACGCACCACAAUCAUAAUUCGGCACCUAAACGAGCGUUACUUGCACCCCCAGCCCUACACUAUCCUCCAACACCAGGACCAGAACGGUCUUCCUCCUCGGGUGUAGAUACUCUAGAUGGACACGACGAAGAAUGCGCCCUCGAUGCCAAACCCCGAACCCCGAGCGGCAGUGAAACUUCGAAACGGCUCAAACAAGCUGCGACCGCUUUAAAAAAAUCGCCAGCCUCAGUGCGACCGCCUCGUCUAACAACCAAAGACAGGAAACUUCUCAAAAUGAUCAUGGCGAUUAUGUUAUCGUUUUGGGUGUGCUACCUACCAAUAACAUUGACGAAAAUAUUUCGAGAAUUCACAUCGCAUCCUGCCGCGAACAUCGCCGGCUACAUCCUAAUAUACCUAACAACGUGCAUCAAUCCUAUAAUAUACGUAGUGAUGUCCAGUGAGUACCGUCAGGCGUACAAGAACCUGCUUAUGUGUCGUCGCUGGGCGUGACGCUCACCCGGCGAUGGCGCAUCUGAAAAGCGUCCGCCGUGACUAGUCCUCACUCACUGGACUGCUUGAACAGCAUCCACGAACAAUGAACGCUACCGGCGCAAGUGUGUGUUGAAUUAAAAAAAAACUAUUUUCUAAAUAUUAAAGUAAUUUAUAUUAUGUGUAUGCGCGAACCUCGUUAUUAUAUAUGAAAUAGAUCGAUAAGGGACGUUCUGUGUAAAUAGAAUUGUGCGUAGCUACUUAUUAUGUGUAAUCGUGAACCGUCCGUGAUUAUCGCAAAUGAAAGGGUGAAAGCAAACACGAGAAUUCAAAUAAUAUCCUCGGGCUGUGUGACCAUUUGAUUUUAUAAAACAUCUAUGAGGGAUAGACUAAUGAACACUAUUCAUUACAAACUGAAAUCUAAGACAAAUCAUAAGACGUAAAAAAAAAAAUAUUGUAACAAGUUUGAAGCAAAACUUAACCGCACAUUUCAUAUUUAUCUAACUCGAGCGUACGUACCCAUGGCGGCGCAUUGAAUCAUCAGGGAAAACGUAACUAAAACAAACAGUAAUCCAGUAUCCUGACGAUUCAUAUAUUCAUUUGUAAUAGAAUACUUGUGAGUUAAUGACGUGCGAUUGACGUGUUGCAAUUUCGUGAAAAAUGGUUUUAUUAAACAAUAACGUUACGAAUGGUGGAAAUUUGAGUGAUCUGGUGAUGGGGUUGGAAGAUUAUGCGUCUGACGAGGAGUUAGCUAACGUGGAACUGUUCAAGAACUAUCCCGAAGCGUUACUGUGGUUCGCUUUUGUCAGCUGCGUGCUAUUCAUGAUUCUUGGUAUCCCUGGAAACCUUUUAACCAUCGUGGCGCUAAUGAGGUAUAAGAAGGUUCACAAUGCGACUGCAGUUUUCAUCAUCAACUUGUCACUCUCGGACCUAUUGUUCAGCUGCUUUAUCCUGCCCUUAGCUACGUCAACGUUCAUGUGGAGAUCUUGGAUCCAUGGAAAGACUCUAUGUCGGAUGGUGCCAAUGGCGAAAUACACACUAGUGGCUGUUUCCCUGUUUACUGUUCUAUCUAUCACAAUAAAUAGGUACAUCUUGGUUUCACAUCCGAAACUUUAUGCAAAGUUAUACAAGAAGACUUACAUUUGUCUGAUAAUAAUAGUCAUUUGGUUGCUGCCGAUACUAUUACUAAUGCCAACAUACUUUGAAGUUUGGGGAAGAUUUAGCUUAGACCAAAUCACAGGCUCCUGCACAAUAGUUUUCGAUGAUAACUGUAAUUCACCGAAAAAGUUUCUAUUUGUGACCGCAUUUGCACUACCAAGUGUAGCAAUCAUCGUGUGCUACGCAAGAAUAUGGUGGAUUGUAAGGAAAACUGCCAACAAAUCUCGUAAUGUAAUUUAUAGGAGGCCAAUUUCUGACGUAGAAAUCAGUACGAUAAAAACAAAUCAAAACACUAAGUCGACCCUUAAACUGAAUCGAAGUCUGUCUACUCAGAUAACGUCAAGUAACAAUCUUCUGCCUUUUAACUGCUUCCUCAACCCUGGCGGCGAGCUAUCCUCAUCAAUGGAAAAUUCUUCGCCAGCAGAACUGGAGAACACUCCAAAACCUAAGGUUCGGUCUUUAGGUACUGAGUCUAUAAGCAACUUCCGAAAGAGUUUCAUGUGCACCUUCCGACGCUCAGCGCCAAAAGUCCACCUGCCCACAAAAAAGGACAAGAAACUUCUCACUAUGAUUGUAGCCAUCAUGGUGUCGUUCUUCGUAUGUCACCUGCCCAUAACGUUGACGAAAACAAUCUUUGAAAACUUCACCUCCCACCCAGUACCUAACAUUGUUGGUUAUGUAUUGAUUUACAUGACUACUUGCGUCAACCCUAUUAUUUACGUAGUGAUGUCCAUCGAAUAUAGACAGGCGUAUAGAAACCUGCUGAAUUGUAGGUGAAUCUUUAUAAGAAGUAUGUAGAAAAUUCCUAAACUUUACUUACGCAUUCGUCCAGCUCAACUAAAGCGUUACUUCGCUUGAGCAGAACGAUAACAGAUUUCUUGAGAAUUGGGCGUUGUAAAAAUAUGGAUGUCCCAUUAUUUGAAUAUAAUAUUUUUAAUGAAUAUCCAUAGUGGAGAAAUUAAAACUACCGAUGAUUUCUUAACGUACGGGGAUGCGUCAAAGCAAAUAGACCCAUUGUCGUAGAAUGCUAUCAAGAUAAAUGACGUAGCUUUUUUAUACACAACUAAGUACUGAUGGAAAUUAAUUAUUAUUAUAGUAUAGAGUAUAGCAUGAUAAAAAGUAUGUGAGUUGCAAACUACCAGUUGGUUCGAACGAUGAGGAAAAUUUACAAGCAUCGUUAAUUGCUGUUAAAUUAUUAAUUUACUUACAAAUAAUGGUUUAAAUCACUAUGUGAAAUGAACGUGCUGAUUUAGUUUCUUAUUGAAACGUUCAUUGGAAAAAGUUUUCAAUAAAAAAACCUAGGAACAGGUUCACAAUGUUUUCUCUAUAGAUUUAAUUUGAACUAACUGAUAAAGCGAAGACAAAAACAAUUUAAGCAAUUUUUUAAUAAACGCUAUGCAAUAGCUUCUGUGCUCUAUAUUUCUAAGGACAUUUUGAAUUAUUAAAUUGAUUAUGGAAUCAAUGUUUUAGAAUUGGUAAUAAUGAAAAACUUAAAGCCUUAAUCUAAAUUGUAUUGUUCACAUAAUGUAAAUAAUGAAAACCAACCUAAAGUAUAAAUUUAAUUAGCAUAGAUUUUCUUGUAUUAGUGGACGUCGUUAAAAUAUUGUACAUUGUUUAUGUACGAUAUCAACGUGUGAUAUUAUUGUUUCUGUGGUGUCAAACACAUCAGAGUUUUGAUUGAACAAAAGUAACGAAACAGAAAAAAUAAAUAAAGGUGCUGCUAUGAAAAUUGAUUGAAAGGACUAGAAGUAUUUCAAUAACUCCUGUAAUUGUUAUAACUUAGUUGUAUGUAGUAAAUAUAAUUGGAUAUCACUUUAUUGUUAGCAAGUGUACAACGUGCAUUCAAACAUUUGCGAUUUGUUCAGACAAUUUUUUUCUGUAGCGAUUGUCACCAAAAUGGCUUACAUUAAAAAAAUCCUUUUCUUUGUUGACAUAUAAAUAGUAUUUUAUAAUCAACAUAUUUCACUACUUCAAUAUAUGUACAUUAUCUAACAUACUGUAAAUGCCAAUUUCCCAUUAAUUUCAAUUAUUAAAAAAUUAUGUCGCAAAAAAAUUCAAAUGACAAACAUUGAUAACUAUUGUAAUGAAAAUCAUUCCAAAAUUUUUCAUUAUUGUGUAUCCUUAAUACGUGUAAUAAAUAAUAUAUUUACUAUUGUAAAUACGUUGGUAACAUAGAAAUAUUAAUUGUAUAAUUUUUCCUUAUUAAGAUUAUAUAAGUCAGUGAUAGCUUUAAAAUCCGACUCAAUUGAACUCGAAAAUUGUUAAAAUGAAAUGCAAAUCAACCGCAUUAUACUAUCGUAGAACCAUAAAUAACUUAAUAAAACAUUCACUAGUAUUAGAAAAAGCAUUUAAAAAUGAAAUAUCUAUUUCCAAAGAUUUACGUAGGUAAGUAUUUAAUCAUAACAAUUAUUUAAAUGGUCUCUUAUAAUAUGUAAAUCAAAUAAAUAAGGAUUGAUACAUUUUUUACAAAUUUAGACGAAACGACUAUUUCCAUUUAAUCAUAGGUUAAAAUGUAGGUUUAUAUGAUAUUAUUCGUGAUAAAAUAAUACUUAUGUGAAAGAGAAUAAUUUCCAAAGAAGUUUAAGUCUAAGAAAUUUUAAAGGACUGUGUAAUAAUAACUAAACCAAAUAAAGAUUAUAUGAAACGAUACAUAAAAUUGUAAUUUUAGAAUAAUUUGAUCCAAAACUUGGACUCCAAAUAUAUCUGUACAAAUUAUGUAUCAUCCUUCAUCGUAACUUAUUUAUAACAUAUUUAUUAUACUCAUUUUAAAGUAUAAUGUAUUGAUGUAAUAUCAUAAUAUGAGACACGGGUUUCCCUCUUAUUAACCCAAAUAUUCAUUAUAAAUGUCAAUCUCCAGGUAUUAAUAGCAGUUGAAUUAUUGAAAAUUAGACCUAAAAAUUUUAUUCGUUGUGAUUUCGAGUUUAUGUCUGAAAUUUUAAAGUUCUCUAUGUUUCCAAUACUUAAAAUUUCAGAGACUUCAUUUUCAUGAUUAUUAUUUUAUUUUUUUGUCUGUGUAAACAGACGAGCAUACGGCUCAACUGAUGAUGAGUGGUUACCGUGGCUCAUGGACGUCAGCAACGUUAAGAUAUUAUACUGUUAUUAAAUUAUAACCGGAGUGCGUAAACACUAAGUAAUUCAAAUUCUUAUAUUUUUGUUUAUUUGUUGCGUAUAAGUUUGUUUGAUUGUUGGGUCCAAAAACACCAAAACUAAUGUAGAUUUUCAUGACACCUAUGAAUUAGACUUGAAAAUUCAUUCCAAAAUUAUCGAAUAACUCUUGCACUACCAAAGCAACAUUAGGUGACAACAUUCGGUAGGCAGCGGCUUGGCUCUGCCCCUGGCAUUGCUGAAGUCCAUGGGCGACGGUAACCACUCACCAUCAGGUGGGCCGUAUGCUCGUCUGCCUACAAGGGCAAUAAAAAAAAAAAAAAAAAGGUGAGACACACAAUAUCUAAUAUAACACCAAUAGCUUCAUUUAAUAUUAUCGUAUCCAAACUCAAAAUACUCAGUGAAUAUAAUUGAAACUACAUAGUUUUACGGUUUAAUCACGCGUUAAAUACUUUAUUUGGAAAAUUGGUAAUGAUUUGUAAUGAUAAUAAUUAACAUGAUCAUCAGGCCCCAGUUUAGGAUUCCUUGUGUUAUGAUACCGGAGACUUACAAUACGGACAUAUACAUAAUACAUAUAUACAUUUAAAUAUAUGCAUAUACAGAUAAUGUAAAGGCGAAAUUAAACCGUAAAAUCAAUUUUAAUAACGUUCAAGACUGUGAAAACCGUGAAAAACUACUCAAUAGAUGUUAUAAUAAACGAAGGAACUAAAUUGAAAUUUACUAAAUUUGGACCAAGUUUUAAGAUUUUUAAUUAUCUGUAACUUGAAAACUGUAAAAACUUUGUUUUAUCCUCGGAUAUUUGUCAAAUGCAAGCUUGUGUAAAUGUAACAGAAUUUCGAAAUGCAUUUUUUUAUGUAUGUAAAUAGAACAGCUGUAAUUCUAAAAGUAGUGAAUACGGAUUUUUAUAUUGUUUUUACCGCAGUAGGUACCAAAGAAUGAAUCAACAGAUCAACCUAAACCUGUUUGUAUUAACUAUUGUACUUACCAAAGAUGUAACUGUAAGAAAUAAAAUAAUAAAAAACAA